AUGAACCCUUUCUCGAGAAAUAAGAAGAACAGUGGCGGCGGCGGCAGCAUUACUCCUGCCCGGAAGUCUCCACCGUUCGAAAGGGGAGGAUGCUGCCGGGGAUUUCCUGACUGUCUGGUCAUCGGUUCCAUCAUUUCUUAUGGAAAAACCAGAACAAACCAACCUCCUUCUACCUCCAAAUUUGAUCUCAAGGUGGAAGAAUUGGAGAAAGAAGUUCAAAAACAGAGAGAAUUGAAGACUGUUUACAAGGCGAGGUUAGCCAGGGCACAAGAGUACAUGAAAUAUUAUCUUCAAGUGGCUAAAGAGAAUGGUUUUUUACAACUUAUCCUUCCAGCCACCGGAAGCAGCAUUAAACAUGAAGAUGUUGUUGAUAAUCAUGAUCAAAAUCACAAUAUUAUUGUCAACAGACAAACAGAGACAGUUAUCUAUCGCGAUCUUGAAUCUGUGAUUCGACUAGCGAAAGCUAAUGGAUGGCACAUCGACCCUAGUGAGAUUGAGCUUCAUAGUAAAGUGGCAAGAGGAAGCACAUCAGACAUAUACAAAGGGACAUGGAGAGGAAUAGAGGUAGCAGUUAAGUGGAUAAACUCGGAUUUCUUCUACUCAAAUGAGGAAUUAGAAGAUGGAAUUGGCUUCUUUGCUCAAGAAGUUGAAAUUCUUUCGAGACAACGCCAUCAAAAUGUGCUCCAACUCAUGGGUGCGUGUCUUGAUCCUCCUAACCACGCUUGGAUCGUGACUGAUUUCCUCCCCAUGGCUCUACAAGAAUGGCUGCAUGGGCUCGACGAUGAUAGGAGCCGAAAGAGCAAGAAAAAGGAGAGGACCUCUCCACUUCCGCCUCUUCACGAAAGGCUAGUUAAGGCUCUAGAGAUUUCAAAGGCAAUGCAAUAUCUUCAUGGGCAAAAGCCGGUUAAGGUUAUUCAUCGUGAUUUGAAGCCGAGCAAUAUUUUUCUAGACCAUGGCAUGCACGUGAGAGUAGCUGAUUUUGGCCAUGCACGUUUCUUGGGUGAUAAUGAGAAAGCCCUCACCGGAGAAACGGGAACCUACGUAUAUAUGGCACCGGAGGUGAUCAAGUGUGAGCCUUAUGAUGAAAAAUGCGACGUUUAUAGUUUUGGCAUCAUACUUAAUGAACUCGUUACGGGUCAACAUCCUUACAUAGAAACUGAUUAUAGUCCUUCCAAGAUAGCUUUACAAGUUUCGGAGGGGACACUAAGGCCUACACUUCCAGAAAACGAAGACCAAGAACUCAUUGAGCUCAUUCGCAUGUCGUGGGACAAUGCUUCUACAAAGAGGCCCGCUUUUUCGACAAUCACGAUCACCUUAACAACCAUAAUAGAGAAACAAAUGGUUACUAAAUAAAAUGACAAUUUAUUCUUAUUGAUUAAUUAUUCAUAUCAUUGAUGCAGCUUGUAUC